GCGUUGGGAGAAAAAAGAGAAGAAACACAGCAUAAAAACUACAUGCGUCGCUUAAGCAACGGUUCUUCUUGCAUUGGAUAGCUGAUAAGACCUACUGGCUGUGCGCAUAGGCACCGCUUUCGCAAACAAUGGGAAGACAUGGCCGCCCUGUGUCGUCUGCUCGCCAUGUUCGGUUUCGUCUGCUAUGCGGUUGCGGUUGAAUUGGACUUGGAAACUCUGUACAUGAGCGACACCUGCCGGUCGUCUGGUCAGCAAAAGCUGCAAACGCUGUUCCAGCUCCAGACCAUGGGCAACCGCUCCACAGUCACGCUCCGGUCUCAACGUGCCGACUUCGCUCCAUGGUGGAAUGUGUGGGAAAGGUGCACGUCCAAUCUACUAGUGACCAGUCCACCGGGAUCGCGGAUCACCGUGGUCAUUGAGGAUCUGGACAUGUACGCUCACCCCAAGGAGAACUACUGCGUCGACUUCCUAGACGUUCAGCCACUGGACUCUCUGGUGAGUCGAUUCUGCGGAUCCCUGGCCACCACCUACCCCAAGACGUACGCUUCGGUGGGCAACCAGCUGCGCUUCAAAUGGAACUUCUACACCGCCUCGGUCGACAACAGGGGUUUUACCGUGCUACUGACGGCUUUUACGGAGCCAGCGGACGGUCGUAACUGCACAACCACUGGCUCGAAAUCCGACGCCCAGUUCCUGUGCGCCAACGGUCGCUGCGUCGACGCUAGGUGGCGCUGCGACAAGCGCGACAACUGCGGCGACGCGUCGGACGAGAAAGGUUGCCGAGAUGAAGACCGAACCUUGGUGAUACUGAGCAUCUGCGUGUGCGUCGUAGUUGUCGUGGUUUCAGGACUGCUGGUCACAGCGGUCUGGGUGAAGUUUCAGAGGUCGCCGAGUCGAGGCGCUGCAAUCGCCGGCGGGCCAACGACGCCGUACAGCAUUCCUGUUGGUCCAGACAACUCGAACACACGUCCGCCGUGCGGUCAUCAGCCGGAUAGCAUAGGCUCGGCAGUAUCAAGGUCGUCGGGUAACCGUUACUAGGUUGUGCAAUCUCCAACUUGAUUCGCAUCGGCGAAGCCGUGUCACGUCGAAGAAUUAUAUGCGACGCGUGUCGAGUUGGUUCCAGACACGAGACACGUGUCGUCGUCCAGCUAAGGAUACACGUCAUCGACGAUAGCCUGGACGUGUGCUCCUGCGUAUGCCACUAUAGUACGUGUCGACCUGGAGGAGCUACGUGAAUACUCGACGCGAGCGCUCAGACCUAUGGAAUACGCAGUUCUACCAGCGAUUAAAGUGUACCUGUGCGAUUAUGAGCGCAGUCUCAGCUGCAGUUUCGGUUUGCGGUUUCCGGAACGUGAGUGAUUCCAUUGAAACCACCGCUGCUGUCCUGGCUACCUGAAAUAAAGCGAUAUAACAAGCAAGCGCC